CAUGCUCAGUGGCCUGGCAGGUGGGGCCGCCGCGCGACUCCAGGUCCGGCCCGGAGCCGAGGGGCGGGGGCGAGUGGGAAGUGGGCGGGGGCCGCGGGUUCAGUGGUAGAGUCGCCGGCGGCCGCGAGGCGCUGGCCUGGUGGGAAUCCCCGCGGGUCGGACCGGGCCGGGCCGGGCCGAGCCGGGCUGGGAUGAGCAAUGGCAUCUGUCAAGGUGGCCGUGAGAGUCCGGCCCAUGAAUCGCAGGGAAAAGGACUUGGAGGCCAAGUUCAUUAUUCAAAUGGAGAAAAGCAAAACAACAAUCACAAACUUGAAGAUACCAGAAGGAGGGACCGGGGACUCAGGAAGAGAACGGAUCAAGACCUUCACCUAUGACUUUUCUUUUUAUUCUGCUGAUACGAAGAGUCCAGAUUACAUUUCACAAGAAAUGGUUUUCAAAACCCUUGGCACAGAUGUGGUGAAAUCUGCAUUUGAAGGUUAUAAUGCUUGUGUCUUUGCAUAUGGACAAACUGGAUCUGGAAAGUCAUACACUAUGAUGGGAAAUUCUGGUGAUUUGGGCUUAAUACCUCGGAUCUGUGAAGGGCUCUUCAGCCGGAUAAAUGAAACCACCAGAUGGGAUGAAGCAUCUUUUCGGACUGAAGUCAGCUACUUAGAAAUUUAUAAUGAACGUGUAAGAGAUCUACUUAGACGGAAGUCAUCUAAAACCUUCAAUUUAAGAGUUCGUGAGCAUCCAAAAGAAGGACCUUAUGUUGAGGAUUUAUCCAAACAUUUAGUACAGAAUUAUGGUGAUGUGGAAGAACUUAUGGAUGCAGGAAAUAUCAAUCGUACCACAGCAGCAACUGGGAUGAAUGAUGUCAGUAGCAGGUCUCAUGCCAUCUUCACCAUCAAGUUCACUCAGGCAAAAUUUGAUUCUGAAAUGCCAUGUGAAACUGUGAGUAAGAUCCACUUAGUAGAUCUUGCUGGAAGCGAGCGUGCAGAUGCCACCGGUGCCACUGGGGUCAGGCUCAAAGAAGGGGGAAAUAUUAACAAAUCUCUCGUGACUCUGGGAAACGUCAUUUCUGCCUUAGCUGAUUUAUCUCAGGAUGCAGCAAACUCUCUUGUAAAGAAGAAGCAAGUUUUUGUGCCUUACAGGGAUUCUGUUUUGACUUGGUUGUUGAAAGAUAGCCUUGGAGGAAAUUCUAAAACCAUCAUGAUUGCCACUAUUUCACCUGCUGAUGUCAAUUAUGGAGAAACCCUAAGUACUCUUCGAUAUGCAAAUAGAGCCAAAAACAUCAUCAACAAGCCUACCAUUAAUGAGGAUGCCAACGUCAAACUCAUCCGUGAGCUGCGAGCUGAAAUAGCCAGACUGAAAACACUGCUUGCUCAAGGGAAUCAGAUUGCCCUCUUAGACUCUCCUACAGCUUUAAGUAUGGAGGAAAAACUUCAGCAGAAUGAAGCAAGAGUUCAAGAAUUGACCAAGGAAUGGACCAAUAAGUGGAAUGAAACCCAAAAUAUUUUGAAAGAACAAACUCUAGCUCUUAGGAAGGAGGGGAUUGGAGUUGUUUUGGAUUCUGAACUGCCUCAUUUGAUUGGCAUUGAUGAUGACCUUCUGAGUACUGGAAUCAUCUUAUAUCACUUGAAGGAAGGUCAGACAUAUGUUGGUAGAGAAGAUGCUGCAACAGAGCAGGAUAUUGUUCUUCAUGGCCUUGACUUAGAGAGUGAGCACUGUGUCUUUGAAAAUGUUGGGGGGACCGUGACUCUCAUACCCCUGAGUGGGUCUCAGUGCUCCGUGAAUGGUGUUCAAAUUACGGAGGCCACACAUCUAAAUCAAGGUGCUGUGAUACUCUUGGGAAGGACCAAUAUGUUUCGCUUUAACCAUCCGAAGGAAGCUGCCAAGCUCCGGGAGAAGAGAAAGAGUGGCCUUCUGUCCUCCUUCAGCUUGUCCAUGACCGACCUCUCAAAGUCCUGUGAGAACCUGUCCGCAGUCAUGCUGUAUAAUCCUGGACUUGAAUUUGAGCGACAACAGCGUGAAGAACUUGAAAAAUUAGAAAGUAAAAGGAAACUCAUAGAAGAAAUGGAGGAAAAGCAGAAGUCAGACAAGGCGGAGCUGGAGAGGAUGCAGCAGGAGGUGGAGACCCAGCGCAAAGAGACAGAAAUCGUGCAGCGCCAAAUCCGCAAGCAGGAGGAGAGCCUCAAACGCCGCAGCUUCCACAUUGAGAACAAGCUCAAGGAUUUGCUAGCAGAGAAGGAAAAGUUUGAGGAGGAACGGCUGAGAGAGCAGCAGGAAAUUGAGCUGCAGAAGAAAAGACAAGAGGAAGAAAGCUUUCUGCGUGUCAAAGAGGAGCUCCGGAGGCUCCAAGAACUCAGCAACAGUGAGCAGGCCGAGAAGAUUCAGAUAUUCCAAGAGCUGGACCGUCUCCAGCGGGAAAAAGAUGAACAGCGCGCCAAGCUGGAACUGGAGAAAAGGAGACUGGAGGAGCAGGAGAAGGAGCAGGUGCUGCUUGUUACCCACUUGGAGGAGCAGCUGCGAGAGAAACAAGAGAUGGUUCCAUUGCUGCGAUGCAGUGAGGUCCAACGGGCAGAGGAGGAGAAGAGGGACCUGGAAGACAUCAGGGAAGCCCUCCUGCGGGCCAGGGAGGCCAGGGCAGGAGGGGAGGAGGAAGAUGGUGAGCAUCUGGAAAAAGCUCACCUACAUUUCUUGGAGUUCAAGAAAAGGCAGCUUGUCAAACUAGCUAACUUGGAGAAAGACCUGGUCCAGCAGAAAGACCUCCUGAGAAAAGAAGUCCUAGCAGAGCAGGAAGCCCUCCAGCGCUUAAAAUGUGAAAAGGAGGAGCAAUCUAAGUGGUUAGCAAAAAAUGAUGCUAGCGUCACAAGUGUCUCACAUGUGGCUGGAGAUUUAGAGAAAAUAAAGCCAGUAGAGUACAGGCUGCAAUGUAAAGAACGCCAGCUACAAUACCUCCUGCAAACUCAUCUGCCAGCUCUGUUGGAAGAAAAGCAGAGAGCGCUUGAAAUCCUUGACAGAGGUCCUCUGGGCUUAGACAACACUCUUUAUCAAGUAGAAAAAGAAAUGGAAGAAAAAGAAGAGCAGCUCGCGCAAUACCAAGCCAGUGCAAGCCAGCUGCAGCAGCUCCAGGCCACCUUUGAAUUCACUGCCAAUGUGGCACGACAGGAAGAAAAAGUGAGGAAGAAGGAAAAGGAGAUUCUAGAAUCACGGGAGAAGCAGCAGAGAGAGGCGCUGGAGCGUGCAGUGGCCAGGCUGGAGAGAAGGCACUCUGCUCUGCAAAGGCGCUCUACCUUGGGCCUGGAGACAGAAGAGCAGAGGCAGAAGCUUGCUAGUCUCAACAGUAGCACCAAUGUCCUGGAAGCUCAGCAGGAGGUCCUGGAGAAGGACCAGGAGAGGUUAGAACAUGAAAUCCAGCAACUGAAGCAGAAGAUUUGUGAGGGAGACUGUGUUCAAAGAGGUGACCAUGGGACCCUGGAGAGGAAGGCUGCUUCUUUCAGCUUGCUACCCAGUACUGAAAAAUCUCACCUGGCUCCCCUAAUGGAUGCCAGGAUCAAUGCUUAUAUUGAAGAAGAGGUCCAAAGACGUCUUCAGGAUUUGCAUCGUGCUAUUGGUCAUGCUAGCAACAUAUCUGCAGAUAUGAUGAAGGAUAAUGAGAAACUUCACAAUGGCACCAUUCAACGUAAGCUAAAAUAUGAGGAAAACGUAACCAAUGAUGGAGAAGAUUUUCAGAGUAAGUCAGAUAAUUUCAGUGAGCUGAUGACUCACAAAGAUGAAUACAACUUGGAAAUUGAGUCCAGCUGGACAUUGCUGCAACAGAAGUCCCAACAAGUGUCUAUAAAUAGCAGAAGCAAGCAGGCCAGGCAAAGCAGGGUGCUCUGCUUUGUCCUCUCUGAAAGUGUUUCUCAUGAAGAGAGCACAUCUGGGAGUGCUUCUCAGAGCACAACGGCCCCUGAGUUUUGCUGUGAACAGCAAGAUGAGAAAGAGUUAUCUGCUGAAAAGAAUAGCUCUCCGUCAUCGAUGAUAAAUAUUAGGACAGAAGGAAACAACAGGUUGGGAUAUUUUUACAACAAGUUCUCAGCUCUUUAUAAAGAUACUAGCCAUCACCUGCUACAGACUGGCACAAAGAUGAUUCACCAAGCCAAGCAUGUGGGGACUCUGUGUGACCCAAGUGGGCUCACCUCCCAUGUGACAACAUUCAUCAGAAGCUUGCCAUUUCUGAAGCACUUGCCCCUGGACAUGCUUUUGAAGUCACGUGUGGUGCCAUCCGGAUCUCAUUGUUUUCCUGAAGCUCAGGUUGGCAGCAGCAGCAGCAGCAACAAAGAGGCAAGGAGGCUGAGGCCAGAAAAGAGCCUAGAGCCUUACAGGGCCUCCACCUUCACAUCUGCAGCUUUACCAGGUUCCUCGCCAAGUUCAGUUUUCUGCCUUGACUCUGAAGAUGCUAGAAAGAGCUCUGCAUUUAAGCAGACCCUUGUGCAAUUCCCAGACCAAAUGCUGACAUUUCAAGAAUACUCUUUAAAAGACUUUCUUGAGGUUGUGACUUGUUCUCUGCCAGAACCUAUAGGUGAUGUCAAGGACAUCAAAGGCGUUUACUGGCUUGCUGUGGCUAACUGCAUAGAACCUGACCCCCAGCCAGCAUGUUUGCUCCUCCUUCAGUCAACUUUAUACUCUUUGGUUCUGUCAGAUAAGCACGCAGGCUCAAUGGACAUCUUUCAUGUUCUGCCUCUUUCUGGACUACAAGAAAUUCAGAUUGGCUUUGGUGGGCAGAGCAUUCGAUUCCUGGGAUCCACAGAGGCCCUUCUGCUCACUGUGUUUAGUUACAACAAAAACCUCUCUCAACAGUUAUGCCGUGACCUCCUGUGUGUCCUGAUGUCAAAGUCUGAAGCUGCUGCCUUUGCGAAUCAUCCUCUACUCCAACAAGAUCUAGUUCAGCUUUCUCUGGAUUGGAAAGCAGAAAUCCCUGAUUUAGUUUUAGCAAAUGGAGUCCAUUUGUCAUCCAAAUUCCAGACUACCUUGGUUGACAUGGUUUACUUUCUUCAUGGAAAUGUGGGAGUCAAUAUCCUUUCUCUGGCAGAGGUUCAAUUACUGCUCUACACAACGGUCAGGGUUGAGGGCGAGCCCAGCAAUGACCAGUGUCAGUCACUUGUCCUUCUGAAUACCCACAUUGUGCUUAUGAGGGAAGAUCGUGUGUUUUAUCCACAUACACCAUCUCUGAACACACUUCCUCCACGUACACAAUUUGAUGUGAUCAGAUGCUGUGCUUUAAGUGAAUUCAGGUGUGUUGUUGUUCCAGAGAAGAAAAAUUUAUUAACAGUAGAACUUGUCUUCUUGCAGAAACUUAGGCAUUCAUCAGUUUCAGGAAAUAGCCCUUCUGCACCCUUUCAAGAAGGCCCAGGUGUCCAGUUGUUUAUGAACCCAUUGCAUCUCCAAGAUAGUCAGCAUGGGGCACCUGAAGUCUGGAAACUGAUUUUCAAUUCUCAAGAUGAAGCUCUUUGGCUAAUCUCACAUUUGACAAGACUCUAGGAAGGAGACUUUUAAAGAUGCAAUACAUUUUCUGAGAUCUUUAAUAAAAGGAACAUUUACUACAAGGGAAAACAGUCAAGGGAAUACAAAUAUCUUGGUGUAGCUAAUCAAAUUGGAAUCGGGAAAAAGCAGACCUCUGAAGUUAAAUGUAAAUAUUUGAAAUAUCUGCUAUAAAAUGAAAAUACCUGAUUGCAGAGGACUGAUAAAAUAUCUUUAUGACCACCUGCUUCAUUUUCUUGAAACUCGGGCUUGCAAAUUUGCAUCCACCUCAUCAUUUGUCAGAUGAUUAAAGCAUUUCUGAUUGUUUGGCUUCGUGUUGAUUUAUAGUCUGGUGCACUGGAAUCUGUCUAGGCCUGCUAGCUUCUAGCAGGCUAAUUUGCACUGCCUGAAAAGUGCCCAGUCUGGCAGUGACCUUCAUUGACAUCCUCCAUUCCAGCUGUGAUUAGGACAGUGAUGUGGCAGAACACAUUAGUGCUACACCACGCUUCCUGUAAGGACCCAGAUUCCACAUGUCCUCCCAUCACUGCGGUACAUGGAGUAGAGCCAGCAGUGCCUGUCCUACACUGUUGUCUUCCCCAACCAAUUGCCUUUUCUUGCCUUCUUUCGUCCUUCUCGACUAUUCUCUUUCAACCAAUGUGAUUUCAGCUCCUAACUUGUCAGUAGUUUUUAGUACUCUUCUCCUAGUCUCCAACCCCAACUUCCAUUACAUUCUAGUUCUUUCUCUGAAUUUCUGUCCUAGAAAGACUUGUCAUCUUAAAGUCUAGCUUUUUCUAAUGGCUUCUUUCUACUGUCUUGUCAAAUAAACAUAUGGUUGCCUCCAAAGUGCAUUCAGCACUUUUCCCUGGCUUUUCUCCCUCUUGCCUCACACCAAACCCAUCAUUUGUAUUUGAAAGAGGUGUUCUGCUGGUCUGAAGCAAGUUCACAUUCUUACCUGCCUGAGGAGGAUCUUCUUUCCACUAAGCAGGUCAGUGGUCAGCAUCCUCUCUCAGAGGCUCCUAGCUCUCCCCUACAAGAUCUCUCUCUCUUCUUACCCAUCCUUUCUGUCUAUAGGAUUCAGUAGUACUGUGAGCAACCAGGGAUAACACCUCCUAUAUUUAUUUUUUAUUUCAUCUGGGGCUAGUUGCUUGGCCAUUAUUCUCAUGCCUCUGCUAAACUCCAGAAUCUCAGAAGGGAGGAGCUCUGCCUCUUUUGAUCCAUCCAGUCUACUUCCAUUCUCAGCUGGGAUCAUGCUCAGCCAGGAUAGCUACUCUGCAGUGUGGUGCACAGUUGAGUGAAUCAGUGAUUUUACUCACCUGCUCAUUUUAGCCCUGGCACGUAAGGGACAUUUUCUAUUCUGGUCAAAUCUUUGGGAAAUGUGCACCACACCACAAAUGUACCCCUUCUUCAUUCCUGUUACUAAUUGAUGACAGGGACAGUCCCAAAAUUUAACCCACUCUGAAACUUACUAUCUUCUGAGACCAGGAAGUGCAUAGCUUCCCUCCUUCCAUCAUCAGAGCUAAUGACAAGUUAUUGAGCUGAUUCUACAUUUUCACCUAUUUUUUCUCCUCUAGUCUCUAGGGAAGUGAAGAGGAGAACACAGGCACUUGGUUGGAGAAUAUGCUAUGAUCCACAGACUGGUGCUAUAGCUUUGUUUGCUCUAGACCAAUGGAGGCUUUUUGAUUUUGAGUCAAUUGAAUUCUCUUGUUUUCAGGUGGAUUAUUGUCAUUUCCAAAACACCUCUUUUUCAUACAUGCAUACCUUAUUGCCUCAUACCUGAAGGCUUUUAACUCUACAUAGAGGUGUUAUGGUUUGGCUAUGAGGUGUCCCCCAAAACCUUCUAUUAAUACAGAAAUAUUAAGAGGUGAAGUGAUUAGAUUAUGAAAGCUAUAACCUAACCAUUCCAUUCUUGCUUGAAUGGACUGGCUGGAUGGUAAUUGUAGGCUGAUGGAAUGUAAGUGGGUCCCUGAGGUAUGUCCUAGAAGGUGACAAUUUCCCUGUGACCUCUUCUAUCCUCCCCCUCCUGCUUCCUGGCUUCACCAUGAGCUGAGCAACUUCCCUUCACCAGGUCCUUCUGCCAUGAUGUUCUGCCUCAUCUUGGACCCAGAGCAAUGGAGUCUGCAGUCUGUGGACUGAGACCUCAGAAAUUGAGCCCCACAUAAACUUUUUCUGACUCUAGGUUGUUUUUGUCAGGUGUUUUGUUCACAGCAACAUAAAACCUGACUAAAACAAGGUAAAUCUUUUUCAGUCUUGGAAAAAAUUCUUAAAAUCACCAGGAUGCCUUUUAAUAUCAAAACUAUUUCUACUAAUUUAUUUUCAUGUAUUCUUUCACUUUUCUCAACUAAUUUAUUUUCCAUUACUUUGUCUUAAAGUGUCCCAUUCCAUAUUUUCUUAUACAUCUCUGAUAAGAAAACCAGAAUUAAUGAUCAUUAAGACUAGAGAGUAGAAUUUAAAAUGCCAGCAUAGGGCUAACAAUUGAAAAAAAGUAGCAAUAUAGAGUAAUACAUUAUUUUUACAAAGAGUGUUAAAUAUUAAACAAACCAGACUUGCUUGUCCUCAUAGGUACAAAACCAUAAUUCUACCAUGAUAAAAAUAAAGGUCUUUAUUAUUUCUCAUAGCUGGAACAUAGAGCAAAUAUGAGCAUUGCAUAAAUUUGUAUUAAUCAUUAUGGCUUUUCCAGUCUGCUUUACGAUCCAAGUAGGCUACAGUGGGAAUCUCACUACAUAAUAGAAGCAAACUACAGCAUUCAAAUUUUAUGUGUUACAUCUCUCAGCUAGGCAUACUCUGUACCUUGAGAUAAAAUAUGGUCCUUGGGAAUGAAGUUUGAUUUACUAUCUGUGAAGUAGGUAUUAAGAUUGUUAUAAUGCCUGUAGAAAAUAGUGGAGUUGUUUUUACCAUUAUCUACCAUGACGUCAGCCAUAACAACCUCCUUCUGGCUCAUUGUUUAGGAGUUCUGUACCCAAGACACUCUGUAGUAGAGCAGGUAUAACUCUAGGUAUUUGAUAAUGUAACAUCUCAGUUGUUAGGAGUUUCUGAAUCAGGAAGUAAUAGGUUCAUAUAUACUUGGUUGUGUGGCACUUGCAUUGUUGUAAUAUAGGCAUAAACAUUUGCAUUGUGGGACUUGUUGAUACAUUCUAGACAAACAUCUCUUUGAGUACUUUUGAAAUGGUUAUUUCAUCUAAAUUUGAUUAAAACCCAUUUUGCUCACAGAUGCCUGUCUCACAGGCAGGGUGAAUGUAUUUAGACUUUGUUGAAAAAACAUUUCAAAACAGUUUAUCUCCCCAAUCUCAUUUCUUUAAAAAUGUGCAUGCUUCCUGUUGGAAGAGAACACUUAAGUAUUCCAGCAGUAAUAAUUACAGCAAUUUUAAUUACAUUCUUUUUCCCAGACAAUUUAAAUCUUUGUGUGAUAAAAAGAUUUUAAUUAAGUUUAUUCAUGCUUUUUUGAUAGCUGGGCAGUCUUAUUGAAUGAGCCAUUUUUUGAUGAGGUCAUUUUGUUAAUGAAGUUGAACAGUCUCCAGUAUGUAACUUAGACACCUUGUUCCUCAAAACUUCUUUUGUAACAAAUGUUUUAUCAGUCAGCUAUUGCCAAGUAACAAACAGCAAUCCAACACUAAGUUCCAUACCAAAAAGUUUUUUUUUUU